UUAAUGGGGGCAUGAGGCAUCCUGCUCAUGUCCUCCAUGCUUAGGUAAAAGGGUAUUAGACUGAAGUAAUGGUGGCAGGUUUGAGUCCUCUGUCUGCUCUCCUGCCUGGAAACUGACAUGGGGAGCACCAGCAAGGUGGUCCAGUUCUUCAACAGAAGACAGAGUCUUUUCCCAAACUACAAAGUCACAAAUUCCGACAUCAAUCGAAGAUCAUCCGAGACUGUUUAUCCGUCAUCAACGGAGAAGUGCGUGCGGACAUGGAACUCCAUGCAAGAACUGAGCAAAGACAUCUACGACAUCUACACUGAGUAUGAAGAUGAAGAUGAUGAUGCUCAGCCUGUUUCUUCCAGACAAAUAUGCCCAUCCAAGAAUUACAUGAUCAACAUCAAUGUAGGUGGGAAACCUUUUCAGAUUGCCUACAAGAUGGCGGCCCGGUACCCUAAAACCAGAAUAGGGCGUCUGGCAACCUACACCGACCACAACAUGAAGCUGGAUCUGUGCGAUGACUACAUCGUCAACAACAAUGAAUUCUUCUUCGACAGAGAUCCCGACGUCUUUCACAGCAUCUUCAAUUUCUACCGGACAGGCGUGCUGUGGAUCAAGGAUGAGCUUUGCCCCCGAAACUUUCUGGAGGAGAUCAACUACUGGGGGGUGAGGAUAAAGAACACUCACCGCUGCUGCCGCAUCUCCUUCGAGGAACGUCAGGACGAGCUUAACGAGCAACUGAAGAUCCAAAGGGAGCUGGAGGCUGAAGUGGAGAUUGAGGAGAACGAGGAGCUCUUUCAAGAUAUGUUCAUGGGCCAGAAGCGACGAGCCAUUUGGAACUUGAUGGAGAAGCCAUUUUCUUCAAUUAAAGCCAAGCUGAUGGCGGUGGCGUCCAGUCUCUUUGUGCUUAUCUCCUUGGUGGCCAUGACAUUGAACACGGUGGAGGAGAUGCAGUACAGGACUCCAAUGGGGCAGCUCAGUGGAAAGACCUACUGGGAGUACGUGGAGUCAAUGUGCAUUGCUUUCUUCACUAUGGAGUAUCUCCUACGCCUGAUGUCCACCCCUGACCUCAGAGCCUUCAGCAGAAGCGUUCUCAACACCGUGGACCUGAUCGCCAUCCUGCCUCAGUACCUGCAGGGCAUUCUGGAGUUCUUUGACAACGAAGAAAACUAUAUGAAGCACGAGGCCGACAUGCAAGCGGUGGGGCAGGUGGGAAAGCUUGGUCAAGUCCUGCGGAUCAUGAGACUGAUGCGGAUCUUUCGCAUCUUGAAGCUGGCACGACACUCCACGGGCCUGCGGGCGUUCGGUUUCACUCUGCGCCAGUGUUAUCAACAAGUGGGCUGCCUGUUCCUUUUCAUUGCCAUGGGGAUCUUCAGCUUCUCUGCCAUGGUUUAUACCGUGGAGCACGACAUGCCUCAUACCAACUUCACCAGCAUUCCUCACGCAUGGUGGUGGGCAUCUGUCAGCAUUUCCACGGUGGGAUACGGCGACAUCUACCCAGAAACCAUCCUGGGCCGCCUUUUCGCUUUCAUCUGCAUCGCUUUUGGAAUCAUCCUCAACGGUUUGCCCAUAUCCAUCCUCUUCAACAAGUUCUCAGACUACUACUCCAAACUCAAGUCCAAUCAGUACACGGCCUCCUUGAAGAAUCGAGGGAAAAUAAGGUUUGCUAAGCGGACCGCACAGAAACUCAACCACUGCUUUGGAAACGGCCACUGUCAUGCAAACUAAACUGGAAUUGGCUUGGAGAACUGUGUGGAGGUACAGUGAGAUCCUCUACUAGGCUGCCUGAAUGAACCUGACAAGGCAGGCUGGAAAAGAAACUUCAUUAUAUUAAAGACUGAACUUUUGCAACCAGAAGUUAUAUUUUUAUAUUGUUCUCAGUACAAUAGAUUUACAUUAAUGAGCUUAGUCUUAUAUUACCCUGGACCACUGAAUCCAUCAUGACUUCUUAAUCAAAUAUACACAUGGCAGAGACUACAGUAUGGGAGCCCAAUGUUAUUGUGUUACUACAUUACUACAGCGGUAGCAGUCAACAAUUGUAGCAUCCUGGGUUUCUUUCUUGCAGCAUAAAUAGUCUGGUUUCAAUUAGGAUGACACGGCAUGACAAGAGAAUAAGAACAUACAGGUAUAUGUCCUGGGUUUUGAUGGAUGAUCACAAGAAAAGAGCAUUCUAUGAUCCUAAGCAGCAUGUAAAUGUCCAGUGUAAUAAACCUGUUUGUUUUUAAUAUGUGUA